CCGGCACACCCAGCCGCCCCGCCCGGCUGCAGCGGUCCUAGAGCUACCCGGCGAUCCAGAGCUACCCUCGCAGCGGCACGGUCCUCCUCCGCCGCCCGCCGCCCGCCUCCAUGGACGUGUACCCCCCGCGCCGGCUGGGGCUGGCCCGCGCGCGCUCCCCCGGAGGCUCCAGAAGCGGAUACCCCUCCGUCAGCUGCAGCCGACUCCGGCAUGUUCAGAGCAUCCUGACCCAGAGCAGCAAGUCUCGGCCUGAUGGGAUCCUCUGCAUCCUAGGAAUCGAUAGCAGAUACAAUGAAGGCUGUAGAGAGCUGGCAAAUUAUCUUCUAUUUGGUUUGUACAAUCAGAACACCAGUGAUUUUGAGAAAACAGGAUUUUCGGAAGAAGUUCUAGAUGAUGUAAUUAUAUUGAUUAAAUCAGAUAGUGUCCAUCUAUACUGUAAUCCUGUAAACUAUCGCUAUCUCUUACCCUAUGUGGCACACUGGAGAAAUCUGCAUUUCCACUGCAUGACUGAAAAUGAGUAUGAAGACGAGGAAGCUGCAGAAGAAUUUAAAAUCACCAGCUUUGUGGACAUGGUUCGAGACUGUAGUAGAAUUGGUAUUCCUUACAGUGCCCAAGGUCACUUGCAGAUAUUCGAUAUGUUUGUGGUAGAGAAAUGGCCAAUUGUACAGGCCUUUGCACUUGAGGGCAUUGGAGGGGAUGGAUUUUUUACCAUGAAAUAUGAGUUGCAGGAUGUGAGUUUGAAUCUAUGGAAUGUCUACAGCAAGAUGGAUCCUAUGUCUCUGGAGAAUUUGCUUUCAGAAGAUUUGGUGGCUUUUGAACAUCAGUGGACUAGCUUUUUUGCUAAUUUUGACACAGAAAUUCCUUUCCUGCUGGAACUUUCAGAAUCUCAGGCGGGUGAGCCAUUCAGAAGUUACUUCAGUCAUGGAAUGAUCUCCAGCCACGUAACUGAAAACAGCCCUAAUAGGCAGCCAUUUGUUCUCUUUGGUAAUCACUCCACACGAGAAAACCUGAAUGCUGGCAACUUUAACUUCCCUUCUGAAGGACACUUGGUACGCAGCACUGGUCCUGGUGGGAGCUUUGCCAAGCACAUGGUAGCACAGUGUGUCUCACCAAAGGGGCCUCUGGCCUGUUCAAGGACAUACUUUUUCGGAGCUGCUCACAUUCCUUACCUGGGUGGUGAUAGCAAGCUGCCUAAGAAAACUGAACAAAUUAGGCUUUUGUCCCAGGUAUAUGCUGCUGUUAUUGAGGCUGUUUUGGCUGGCAUUGCAUGUUAUGCUAAAACUUCCAGUCUAACAAAGGCCAAGGAGAUAGCAGAACAGACCCUGAGAUGUGGGUUAGAUUCCUUUGAAUUGAUUCAGUUUAAAGCAGCCCUGUGCUCCAAGAUGGAUUUUCAUAUACAUGCUGUGAAUAAUCAGGGAAGAAUUGUGCCUCUGGACAGUGAAGAUAGCUUAUCCUUUGUGAAGACGGCUUGUAUGACUGUCUAUGACGUUCCUGACUUGCUGGGAGGAAAGGGGUGCUUAGGAUCUGUGGUCUUCUCAGAAUCAUUUUUGACAUCUCAGAUCUUAGUUAAAGAAAAGGAUGGCACUGUCACCACAGAAACCAGCUCCAUAGUCUUGACAGCUGCUGUGCCCAGAUUCUGCUCCUGGCUGGUAGAAGAUAAUGAAGUAAAAUUGUCUGAGAAAACCCAGCAAGCAGUGAGGGAAGAUGAGUGUUUCCUGGGCACUUUUCUAACAGGAGGAGAGGGAGCGUAUCUUUAUUCCAACAGUCCACAGUCCUGGCCUGAGGAAGGGAAUGUGAAUUUCUUCUCUAGUGGCCUUCUCUUUUCUCACUGUCAUCAUGGAAGUAUCGUCAUUUCCAAGGAUCACAUAAAUUCCAUUUCCUUCUAUGAUGGGGAUUCCACCAGUAUCGUUGCUGCCCUUCUCAUAGACUUCAAAAGCUCCUUGCUUCCUCAUCUCCCAGUUCAUUUCCAUGGAUCAAGCAAUUUUCUGAUGAUUACCCUUUUCCCCAAAUCAAAGAUAUACCAAGCAUUUUACUCAGAGGUCUUCUCCCCCUGGCAACAGCAGGAUAACUCAGGGCUCUCUUUAAAAGUGAUCCAGGAAGAUGGAUUAUCUGUAGAACAAAAGAAAUUACACUCCAGUGCACAGAAGCUCUUCAGUGCCCUGAGCCAUCCUGCUGGGGAGAAGUGGAGUUCUCUGAAGCUGCUCUCAGCCAAACUCCCAGAGCUGGACUGGUUUCUCCAGCAUUUUGCCAUCAGCAGCAUUAGUCGGGAUCCUGUGAUGCGGACCCAUCUUCCUAUCCUAUUGCAGCCAGCUGAAAUCAGCCCUACUCACAGAGUAGAAAAUGAUAAGGUAAUUAUCAGCAUUGUAACUGGUCUCCCAGGCUGUCACGCUAGUGAACUCUGUGCUUUUCUGGUCACUCUACAUAAAGAAUAUGGCAGGUGGAUGGUGUACCGCCAAAUCAUGGACAGCUCCGAAUGUUUUCAUGCUGCCCACUUCCAGAGAUACCUUUCCAGUGCCCUGGAGGCCCAACAGAACCGUUCCGCCCGCCAGUCAGCCUACAUACGCAAGAAAACCAGACUGCUGGUGGUAUUACAGGGCUACACAGAUAUUAUUGAUGUUGUCCAGGCCCUGCAGACCCACCCAGACUCAAAUGUUAAGUCAUCCUUUAUUCUUGGCGCCAUCACAGCAUGCGUGGAUCCCCUGAGCUGCUACAUGGAACACAGAUUUCUUUUCCCUAAAUGUCUUGACCAGUGUUCGCAAGGUCUGGUGAGCAAUGUGGUAUUCACCAGUCACACCACAGAGCAGCGGCACCCUGUCCUUGUCCAGCUACAGAGCCUCAUCAGGGCUGCCAAUCCUACCGCAGCCUUCAUUCUUGCAGAAAAUGGGAUUGUCACCAGGAAUGAAGACAUUGAACUGAUUCUCUCAGAAAAUAGUUUUUCCAGUCCUCAGAUGCUGCGAUCUCGAUAUUUAAUGUACCCUGGCUGGUAUGAAGGUAAAUUUGAUUCUGGAUCAGCCUUUCCACUAAUGGUUCAGAUCUGCGUAUGGUUUGGCCGUCCCUUGGAAAAGACUCGCUUUGUGGCCAGGUGUAAAGCAAUUCAAUCUUCCAUUAAGUCAAGUCCUUUCUCUGGAAACAUCUACCACAUCCUGGGCAAAGUCAAGUUUUCAGACUCUGAGAGGACCAUGGAGGUCUGCCACAAUACUCUGGCCAACUCCCUGAGCAUCAUGCCGGUUUUGGAGGGACCCACACCACCACCUGAUUCCAGAAGCACACCUCAAGACAGCAGCGGGCAGCAGGAGUGCUACCUCGUGUUCAUUGGCUGCUCUCUAAAGGAGGACAGCAUCAAGGACUGGCUGCGGCAGUCAGCUAAGCAGAAGCCUCAGAGGAAAGCACUGAAGACCAGGGGGAUGCUGACCCAACAGGAGAUCAGGAACAUACAUGUGAAACGUCACUUGGACCCACUUCCAGCAGGCUACUUCUAUAAUGGCACCCAAUUUGUUAACUACUUUGGUGACAAGACUGAUUUUCACCCACUCAUGGACCAGUUCAUGAAUGACUACCUGGAAGAAGCCAACCGAGAAAUUGAGAAGUAUAACCAGGAGCUGGACCAACAGGAGUAUCAUGACCUCUUUGAGCAGAAGCCCUAGAGGAAGGCUGAGCCCAUACGUCCUACAGAAUGUGUACCCUGGAGAUGGACGAACGGGUGUCUCCUGGAGCCUUCCUAGAGGCCCCUCCCAGAGGGGUCUGUCUUUGUUGUCUUUGGCCUCUGUGUGCUGGCUUGAAUGCAUGUUAUUUUUAUUCUCUCUUCAAUGCUGAAGAGCAUCCCCUGUACCACUGAUUGGGGGGCAGGGUUUCCUCAAGGAUGAGCAAACUGAGACUGCCCUGAGUGUGCAGUUGGCAGUCUAGGAGCUCUGGGUCUCUGAUAACAGUAUCUCCUCUGGGCUCUUGAGGUACUUUGUGGGGUGGGGAGAAGUGUUUGGAUUACACAGAGGAGCUGCUGGGAAUUAGAAGGAACCUUGGCUUCCCAAACUGUGGCCAGGCCACCACAGGCCUCAGAUGCUGCCCCUAAGAGAGCUGUCAUCUCCAGUGGAAUGCCUGCCUCCCCUGCUUGGGCCCCUUCCAUUGAGGAGCUUGCUACUAACCCCCAGCCUAGUCAUGAGGAGAAUAGCAUAAGCCCAGCUCAGAGAGCCCACAGCUUAGGCUGAAGGCAACAGCUUAUUCUGAAAUGAAGGAAUUCCCCUUAUGGACUAAACCGAAGGAAAAGUAUGUCUUCCAGAAGUAUGUGGCUCUUGAGUUGAACUCCUUGUGCUUGGUUCUUGAGCUCUCUUGUGGAAUCACUUGAGUUUCUCUGAUUCAGGUUCAAACACGAACCUGCUUACCAAGCCCCCAGAAAGCCUUCAUCUCACUGUGGAGGGGAGCAUCCCGCAUCUGUUAAGUGUCAGGCCUACGGUUUGAUCACUUGUGAGUAGUUAGUCUACUGUACCCAGCCUUUCCAGGAAGGCCAGGUUUUCAGCUACAAACUUCAGGAAUCUCGUGCAUUAUUGCUAGCCCUGGGCUCAUUUGGCUUCCAAGGACCAGGAAUUUGAAAAAAUUCCAAUACCCAAGUUAGAAUUCCUUCCAAUGGCAUUGUAAAACGGGGGAAAUACAAGUGUGUCUCAUGCUGACCUUCAUAAUUAAUCUGAGGAGUUGGGGGAGGGUCAUAGGCACUGAUAUGUAGGUGAUAUCUAUUAGGACUUCAGUGCCUCGGCCACCUAGAUGUUAAGUAAGAUGUUAAGUAUUUUCUGAAUUUUACUUAUUUUUUUUGCAUGCCUUAGAAGAAGCACAUAGGUGAAACCAGCAAAGUUUCUAGUAAUGUAGAGGAGUUUUUGAGAAAGGCCCCUGGCACAGAGGGGAGAGAGGAUGGAGCACAUGACAUGGUCAGCAUGCAAGUAGCAAGGCAGUUGUCAAGGGCUUGUCAAUAAAAUGUACUAGGAAAAAAAUUGUAUUUGAAGCCAAAUGAACAAAACUCCAAAUACCAUUGAAUGAGAAAUCUUGCAUCAAGAAAGCCUUCUGAAAAGUCCCAUGUGCUCCAGUCCCAGCUCCAAAGCCACUGGUGACAAAGGCCCCACUGUGGAGCCUUAGUCUGGGAGUCCCUGACUCUGGCUGGCCAGAGGCCAGGGCCCAUGAAGGGGCUGCCUCUGCUUCAGAAUCAAUAACAUAGAUCUUAAGUGCAAUUGAUUAAUAAGCAGUGAGUUACUGUAGCUUCCUUUAGCUCUACUGAGCUCUUUUUAAAAACUCAAACUUGAGCAGCCUUAGAAAAGGGAUGGGGUGGGUGGGGAUGAUAACCAUAGGCCAUAUCCUCCAGGUGGGUUACUAUGAUGUUUUAAAAGAAAGCUCUGGAUCUAGGAGCUUGAACCAUUUCCUGGCUUCCCUGGCCUGGCAGUCUGGCUGCUGCACAGAAGAGUUUUUAAAGAGGGGUCAGAGCCUGCCCAUGUGGGUGAGUUUAUACCACACAGGGCUGUACUUAGUGAUGGUUGUGGUUUCUGAACAUUUUCCAUAGAAAUGCUUUCUCACCAACCCGCCCUACUGUCCGAGUUCCUCUCCUCUUGGAGGAACAACUGUGAUUACCUCAACUUGAAUAUGAAACUGUGAUUGAAAAAAGUUAAAACAUUAAGGAGUGUUAAAGCCAAAAUGGCAAAGCUGGCUGAGACUUCUAUAGAUGUUCUUCAGCCUAUUCCAGAGUGCGAAGGGGCACAUUGGCAAAAGGGCAUUCCUGGGAGG